AUGGCAUUAAACGGUAAAGUCGCAGUAGUGACUGGAGCAGCGAAGGGGAUAGGAAAAGCAAUAACAGAGAUACUCCUGCAAAACGGUGCCAAGGUAGCCUUCCUGGAUAUGAAUGAAACUGCAGGGAAGAGUUUGAAAGAAGCCCUCGACAAACAGUACGGACAACAGAGAACCCUGUUCUUCAACUGCAACAUUGCGUCAGAGGAGCAAAUCAAAGCUGCCUUGCAGAAAACUGUAGAAACCUUCGGUGGUAUAGACAUCCUGUGCAACAAUGCUGGCAUCUUGGAUGAGGGAGACUGGGAGAAAACUGUCUCCAUAAACCUCGUGGCUGUUAUCAGGGUAGCGUACCUGGCUCUGGAGCACAUGAACAAGUUGAAUGGAGGUCAGGGUGGGGUCAUCGUCAACACUGCAUCCACGGCAGGUCUCGGUUCACUGCUACUACCCUGUCCUGUCUAUACAGCCUCCAAGCACGGAGUGGUCGGCUUCACUCGAGCCAUGGCGGCUACCUCUACCGCCGCAGGCUACGGUAUACGGUUCAACGCCCUUUGCCCAGCUGCUGUCCAAACUGACCUGUUAACCAACAUUAGGAACUGUUUGGGACAAUUUUCCCACCUGGCUGGAACAAUGCCAGGACUUGCAGACAAAAGGGUGUUGAAGACGUCUGAGGUAGCCGAGGGCCUCCUCGAGCUGGUGACCGAUGAGACGAAGAAUGGAGAGGCCCUCAUGGUGAGGUGCACCGGGAAGACUUACAUGACAUUCCCUGUAGUUACAGACCACAACACCAUCAUACAGAACCAAGCCCCCUGA